AUUCUCAUUUCUCACCCUUUUCCCAAGCUCCCAACAAAACCAUUACUCCAUUUUUACCAUCCCAAACUUGCUAAUUUUGCUAUGGCUAUGGAGGAAUUGAACACAACGUAUAUGGAAGUUGAAGAAGAUGACAACUCAGACGAUGACAGGGACCAGAACUGGGACGAUUACGAAGAAGAUGAAGAAGAGGAAGCUAUCAACUCAAAAUUACUCUGUUUGUUCUGUGACUCGUUGUAUAAUUCCAGUAAUGCCCUCUUCGACCACUGCUCAUCUGCACAUCGCUUCCAUUUCAACACUCUCAAGACUACUUUUGGCUUGGAUUUCUAUGGCUGCUUUAAGCUCAUUAAUUAUGUCAGGUCUAAGGUUGUUGAGAACAAAUGUUGGAGUUGUGGCAUUGUCUGUCGGUCAAAGGAAGAUCUACGGAAUCAUUUGCACGAGGUUGUUAGCUUUGAUAAUGGCAAGUUUCCUUGGAAUGAUGAUGAGUUUUUGAAGCCUUUCUUGAAUGAGGAUGCACUUCUGUAUAGCUUUGAUGAAGAUGAUGAAGGUGAAGAUGAUAUGGACGAUAUGCCUGUUGACAAAGAGGAGUUAAUUAAGGAUUUCGAACAAAUUAGCAUCGACGGGGAUGAUUUUACUUUCGAAACAGAAGAAAACAAACCUACAGUCUCCUGUCGUAGUGGAGAGAAAUCUGCUUCAAUGACUGAUUCUACUCUCAGCAAUGGCAUUGUUGCUGCAGAAACUGGUGUUUCUUCGUAUAGGAAGCCCAAUGUCCAAGAUUCUAGCUUGUAUAUCGCAAAAGUUGCAGCAAAUAAGAUCAAGGACGUAAAUAAAAGCUAUUUUGGUGGCUAUAGUUCAUAUGGUAUCCACAGGGACAUGAUAAGUGAUAAGGUAAGAACUGAUGCUUAUCGGCAAGCCAUUUUGGAGAAUCCUUCUCUCUUAAAAGGUGCUGUAGUCAUGGACGUAGGUUGUGGUACUGGCAUAUUGAGUCUCUUUGCAGCCCAGGCAGGCGCGUCAAGGGUGAUUGCAGUUGAAGCAAGUGAAAAGAUGGCAGCUGUGGCAGCUCAGAUUGCUAAAGACAAUAACCUUUUGCGGACUGGAAGCAAGAAUGAAGAUUCAGGUCAGGAUAAUGGUGUAAUGGAAGUGGUUCAAGGUAUGGUUGAAGAGCUAAAGAGUACCCAGAAAGUUCAGCCGCACAGUGUUGAUGUGUUAGUAAGUGAAUGGAUGGGUUAUUGCCUGCAUUAUGAGUCAAUGCUCAGCUCUGUCCUGUAUGCACGUGAUCAAUUUUUGAAGCCUGGAGGUGCCGUUCUUCCUGACAUGGCAACCAUGUUUGCUGCUGGGUUUGGAAGAGGUGGUACAAGCAUUCCAUUUUGGGAAAAUGUUUAUGGAUUUAAUAUGUCUUGUAUCGGCGAGGAAAUCGUUAAAGAUGCUUCCAGAAUUCCAAUAGUUGAUGUUAUUGAAAGCCGUGAUAUAAUAACCAAUUCAACGGUUCUCCAGAACUUUGAUCUGGUGACAAUGAAGCUGGAGGAGAUGGAUUUUACUGCAGUGGUUGAACUGGAGCUGAAGGGAGAAACUUCUACAAAUGGGUGUACGGGUUCAAAACCUAUAACAAGUUGGUGUUAUGGAGUUGUCAUUUGGUUUGACACUGGAUUUACAGGACGAUUCUGUAAAGAAAAGCCAACUACCUUGUCCACAUCUCCCCAUAAUACCAGCACUCACUGGUCGCAGACUAUCCUCACUUUCUCAGAACCAAUUGCAAUGGUAUCCCCGGGAACAUUAAACGUUGAUAAAAUGGCAGCAGUUGGUACUGAUGCCUGCCCUGCGGUGAAAAUACAAUGUCGGAUCAGCGUAGUUCGUGCUGCUCAGCAUCGAAGCAUUGACAUUUCCAUGGAGCUAACAGGAAUUGGGCCUUCAGAUAGAAAACGAAAUUGGCCAGCACAAAUGUUUAACUUAUUGUAAGUUAAUCCAAAGCAUUUGACUGCUACCUUACAUUUCCGCUAGCACCUGACAGGCGGGUCUCAGGGAGAGUGAGUGGAUUAUUUCCGUCUUAGAGGUUACUACUAGAAAUAGUUCUCCCAUCGUUGGUGCAUGAUGAAGACGGUGGAUCAUUCGAAGUUUCUUGGAGUAAGCAUAGACCACAGAUAUAUCUGCCCUCCCACCUUUUAUUUUGACACUGUUGGCUCGAGCAGUGCAGUGGGCUGGAAGUUGUAGGCGAGAGAAUCAGCACUCAAAGCAUGACAAAUGAUUGAUUUCUAGUGCUAAUAUUUUUGAUAUAGUCCUAUCCAAUCCUUCCUCCUGGUAAUUUGACUGACAAAACUGUCCAGUUGCUGAGAUAUAGUAGUAGUUUAUAGAGUUAAGCUCCUUUCAUCCAAUUUUAAUUGUUCGGGUUUACUUUUCCAGAGGAUCAUUUUGACCAGUUUUUGUACUGAAAAUUAAAAGUAAGAUAAUCAUUUUCUGAAA